UGCCGUUGGUACGCCAAAUGGAGGAGAGAGGCUGAGCUGUUGUGCUGAUGGCUUUCUUUCUUCUUCCCACAAGAACGCGCCUCUCGCAGGUGUAGCCUCUCCAUCCGCCGCUCCUCCACCUACACCCAGGUUUCCAUGCGCCGGGGAACACACACACACACACACACACACACACACACACACACACACACAUCCUCUCUGCCUUCAAGUCACCAGAGGGUUUUUUUACGCGCCGCGGAGAGCGAAGAACACACACCAUGUCAAGCGAGCCGCGGCGCGUCUCCUCUGCGCGCCGCCUGUCUCCGCCGCUGUGAGCGCGGCGCCGGGUCCGCAGCCCGCGCAGAUGACCUGAGCCGGGCGGCCGAGGCGCACCGACACCACUUUGUUCCCGACGAGGAGACUCAUUGAGACCACCAUGGCGGACCAGUACAGUAUGUUUCUCACCACGGCGCCCCCCCUCCGGCGUGGGAGCACACCGUUGCCUCUCAAACAUCAGCUGCGGAGGGAAGAGGCCGUAUCCGAGGACUGCGAUUGGAUCCCGGGCGUCGAGGAGCCCGCCUUGUUGCCUAUCGGCGGCACGGGGUUGACUCGGGAUGAUUCCGGCAGCCAAUCAGCAGCCGGCCAGUCGGCUUACCACAGCCAUGGCGGCGCACUGAAGAUAGUGCUACUGGGACAGAAUGGCGUGGGCAAGUCGUCGCUCGCCUUAUCUCUGGCCGGCCAGUCGGACAGAUCCCUGUCUGUAGACUCAUGUGGUGAGGGCUACGAGUGCUCGGUGACGGUCGACGACGAGGACAGCAAAGUCGUCAUUUUUGACAACUGGAAACAGGACUUCUCCACUCUACACAGUGACGUGUGUAUCCUGGUGUUCUCGGUGACUGACAGGCGGAGUUUCCACCGCAUCGCCCAGCUCCGCCUCCUCCUCAGGGAGUCCCAGCCGCACACCGAUCAUCCUGGUGGGCAACAAGAGCGACCUUGUGCGCUCCCGGGAAAUCAGCGCAGAAGGGUAGGAGGACCUCGCGAGGAACCUCGUGCCUCGAGCCCCGCUGCCUCCACGGGCACGGCACCUCCUGCCUCCACGGGCACGGCACCUCGUGCCUCGAGCCCCGGGCCCGGCGUCUCCACAGCACCUCCUGCGCAGCCCUCCAGCAGCGGCCGUGUCCUCACAGAUGCAGUCCUGCAGAAUCAGAGGGACACACUUGCUGCAGUACACGAGGUUGCAAGAGAGCUGGGACAAAUUCGUCAUGUGUUGGGAGAAAUAUGCACUUGUUUAAAAGAUAUAGCCAAUAAAUAAGUUGUUUCAAUA